AUGUCUCAGUUCGACAAGAACAUCGACAGUAAGGAGCCUUUCCUAAAGGAAAAUAAUGUCCCUGACAACAGCUGCUCCACCAGCAGCACAACCAACAGCACAGGACACAACAGCACCAACAUAAGCAACGGACUCCUGUCCAGCACAAAAACGUCAAAUAAGGAUACAGACUACCAAGUUCUUCAAGCGACCAUUGCUAAACUACGCAUUUGGUUAUUUGCCAUUACCGCAGUGGCCAUAGCCGGUUUUGUUAUUUUAAUCAUUGUGGUGACGUGUCUGUACACACAGUUGAACUACGACCUGACCCAUCACACCCAUAAACCCAAGGUCGGGGAGCAGAUGGCAGCCAUACUAGAGCGGGAAGAGCUUUGUGUUCCAUGUGAGGAGUUCCGGCUGGGUCCCAGCCCAGAAGAAGACAGCAUGUUGAGACGUUUUAACGUUAGGGAAACCCCGACUGGAGCUAACUGUUGUGUGGAUCAGCCUCUGCAGCUGUUGGAGCUUCUCAAACUGCAUGUAGAAAGGCGGAUACGAUUGGAGGUCGCCAGAG